AGGAGGCGCGCCCCCAGCCUUCCCGGGUGGGAUAGCGAGGAGCGCUUCUCUGGGACCUGGGUGACAGUCGGGCGGCAGUAGCGUCUGGCCCGCGGGAGAGCUGCUGCGGGCUCCGGAGGUCCCCGGCUCUAGGCUCCUCCUCUUACCGGCCCCCCACCCUCCCCAUCUCAGCUCUUUGCAAGGCUUCCCGGAGCAGCCUUGGAGCAGCGGCAGGCGCAGCGCAGGCAGCAGGAGGAGCACAGCCGGCCAGCCGCGCCGAGCCUUCGGGCAGCGGCGAUGGCGUGCUAAGAGCAGUCCGGGGCACCCUGCACCUCUAGGAAAGAAGAGGACCCCCAGGGUCUGCAGCUGGGAAAGGGGGAGGCAAGUGCGUGUGUGUGUGUGUGUGUGUAUGAGAGAGAGAGAGAGAGAGAGAGAGAGAGAGAGAGAGAGAGAGAGAGAGAGAGAGAGAGAGAGAGUGUGUGUAGGGCGGAGGAGAGGGCAGGGGAUUCAUUCGAGGGCGCAGUCCCCUGGAUGCCCCCGCCGGUACUCAAGGUUUUCCCGCGUGGGAGCCGGCUCCCUGACGUCGCUCACCAUGGACUUGCGCGGAGUUGAAACCGGCCAAAGCACCAACCCGCAGUUGACUGCCCAGCCCUGGGGCAUUGCGGGUGCGCGCAAGGGGAUGGCAAGGUAGGAUGGACGCCCAGCGCGACCACCGCCGCCCCAACGCAGCGGUCCCCGGGCGGUGCCGCUGACUCUCCAGAGCGCACAGGCGUGUGGGCGGAGGCGGCCCCGCUUCGCCCGCGUCUUCGCGAGUCGCUUUGCCUCUUCCACCCACUCGCACCUGCCACCGCGCCAGACCAUGUCGAAGGCUGCUGGAGGCACAGGGGCGGCGACAGAAAGUUGUCCCCCAGCCCCGGCUGGUACAUCCCCCGCCGCCGCGGUGGAGGAUCUGUCCAAAGUAUCAGACGAAGAGCUGCUGCAGUGGAGCAAGGAGGAGCUGAUCCGCAGCUUGCGGCGCGCUGAGGCAGAGAAGGUGAGCGCGAUGCUGGACCACAGCAACCUCAUCCGUGAGGUGAACCGUCGCCUGCAGCUGCAUCUCGGAGAAAUCCGCGGGCUCAAGGAUAUCAACCAGAAACUCCAGGAGGACAACCAGGAACUGAGGGACCUCUGCUGUUUCCUGGAUGAUGACAGGCAGAAAGGCAAGAGGGUGUCCCGGGAGUGGCAGAGACUAGGCCGCUACACUGCUGGGGUGAUGCACAAGGAAGUGGCCUUAUAUCUGCAGAAGCUGAAGGAGCUGGAGGUGAAGCAGGAGGAGGUGGUGAAGGAGAACAUGGAGCUCAAGGAACUCUGCGUGCUCCUGGACGAGGAGAAGGGUGCGGGCUGCGCCGGCAGCCGCUGCUCCAUUGACAGCCAGGCCAGCCUGUGCCAACUCACUGCCUCCACCGCACCGUAUGUGCGGGAUGUGGGCGAUGGCAGCAGCACCUCCAGCACUGGCAGCACUGACAGCCCUGACCACCACAAGCACCACGCAAGCGGUGGCAGCCCUGAGCACCUGCAGAAGCCCCGGAGUGAGGGCAGCCCGGAGCACUCCAAGCACAGAAGCGCCAGCCCUGAACAUCUACAGAAACCCAGGGCCUCCGGGACCCCAGAUCACCCCAAAGCACUCAAAGGACCCAGCCCCGAGCACCACAAACCAUUGUGCAAGGGUAGCCCGGAACAGCAAAGGCACCCACACCCUGGAAGCAGUCCUGAAAUGCUGCCCAAACACGUGCUGAGCGGGAGUCCAGAACAUUUCCAGAAGCACAGGCCAGGGGGCAGCCCGGAACACGCCAGGCACAGCGGAGGGAGUCCCGAGCAUCUUCAGAAACAUGCCCUUGGUGGGAGUCUGGAGCACCUACCCAGAGCCAGGGGCACCAGCCCCGAGCAUCUCAAACAGCAUUUUGGGGGGAGCCCUGAUCACAAACACGGAGGCGGAGGCAGUGGUGGAGGCAGCAGGGAGGGCACCCUCAGACGACAGGCGCAGGAGGACGCGUCACUCCAUCACCGGAAUGUCUACAGUGGCAUGAACGAAUCAACCUUGUCCUAUGUUAGGCAGCUGGAGGCAAGAGUAAGACAGCUGGAGGAAGAAAAUCGCAUGCUGCCCCAGGCCACCCAGAAUAGAAGGCAACCUCCAACUAGAAACAGCUCAAAUAUGGAGAAAGGCUGGGGGCCCAGAGCCCGGCGGGUCUUGCAGUGGUGGCAAGGGUGCCGAGGAAUAGGACGAUGCCUGCCCACUCUCCCGGGUUCUUUUAGGUUGUCAUCAGGGGCUGAUGGGAGUAACAGUUCACCCAACUCUCCAGCUAGCUUCAGUGGACAUACCACACCUUCUCAGCAGCCUGAACCUGUGGUACAUUCUCUUAAGGUCUUGGAUGUUCAGGAAACUAUAGAUCGUCAACAGGGUAAAGAGUAUGAACAUGACCUUAGUGAGACAGAAAAAGCUAUAGUCAGAGAAAUGUGCAAUGUUGUGUGGAGGAAACUUGGAGAUGCUGCAGGUUCAUGUCCUGGAAUUAGGCAACAUUUAUCAGGAAACCAGUACAAAGGACCCAUGUGAGAAGCCCUCUUUUUUUCAAACCUGAGAUCACCACUGCCAGACAGAGAUAAAGGAAGAGACGAGUGGAUUUCCACAAACCUGGACUCAUGGAAUAAUAUGGAGUGAUUGUACAUUGCACAUAUCUCCCCUCUGAAACCCUCAGUACCACACUUCCCCCAUCAAGCUGAUAUUCUGUGUCUCACUUUAGUGUUCAUGACAAACAAGUUAGCUUUGGGAAAAAAGAGUCGCCAUUUUGGUACCAAUAUUUUCAUUAGAACAAAAGCAUUUUUAACUCCCCAGAACUGAGAACGUAAUUGGGAAAACUGCAUGGUUGGAAAGAGUUUUGAUAAGAAUUGACUCAUAGCAUACAAUGGUGGGAACUUUCUACCAAGCUGUAUUGGAGAGGUUUGCCAGCUACCCAAAGUUGAGAGUUGGGCACCUUCUUAUACUUCCCUUGAGAAAAGUUCCUGAUGCAUCCUUUAUUUGGAUGCAAGUAGAUUUGGUCUCUGGGGUUUUGAUUUGAGUUGCUGCGAAGACCACAUCAUUUCUCUUAGCCAGCUAGAAGGGUAGCAAGAGUUUGUAGAGUACCUAUCAUAGUACCACUUAUUUUGAUUGAUAAAAAAAUACCUUUUAAUCUUGAUGAGUUGCUCAUAAAAACAUUCUGGGGACAGACCAACCUCUAUAUUCAUUCAGUAUAUCCAUUUCAACUAAAAAUAAAUUUUUCUAAGUGUUUCGAGCUGUGAGAUGUCAAUUUCUACAAUUUAGUUUCUAGACAUGCUGUAUAUUUAAUAAACUUUAUGUAAACUUUACAAGAUUGCACUGCAUUUAUGAAAAAAGCUUUCUUUGCCUACCGCAGCUAUCUAGCAUUUUCUGAAACUAACGCAUGUCCUUCAUUAUUAAGGCUAAAAGCUCUUGUUCAGAUUGCUUGAGGUUUGAAACAGAGGUGUGUUAGCUUUGCUUAGUUUAUUUCCUAUUUUUGGUAUACAUAUAAUAUUAGAAUGUGUGUAUUGGAAAUGCUACGAUAGGUAUUUGUGUUUAUCUAAAUGCAAUGAUAGUUUCUUGUAUGAAUGUGCAAGAGGCCUGUGACAGAAUGCUACAUUUUUACUGUAGUUCAAGAUUACAAAAGUAGGGAUGCAACAAUUUUUAGGCAUCUUCUAAAUUAUUCAGAUUUGGUUCAUAGCAAAUAUUCAUUGUUUUAAAGUGGGCCCAUUACACAGUGUAUUAAUGCUCAAUGGUGAGAGAAUGUAGAGGGAUUUCAUUAUACUUUAAGAAAGGGUAACUGAUGAAAAACAGCUCUUUAGUUUCAGAAAAUAAUUUAUUAUAGAAUUAUUUCUAUCACAAUCGGGUUAGUUUAAGCUGCUUUCUUUUAAAAUGUAUUAAGUAUUACUUUAUUAAAUUGGUUGCUAUAUUUAUACCUUGUCUCAUAGAAGUGCUUUUAUCCUUAAAUUGUUGUAUUCCUACACUCGAAAAUGUUUAAAACAAGUUUUUGUGCCUGCAGCUGAAUCUGCAGAAGCUAAUACAAGGGACGCUGGUCUUUUGCAAAAUACUUGUGUAAAUUUUGAUACUGUAUUAAAACUAUUUUUUUAAAGUACCACAUAAAAUUGAGUAUUAAGUAUGUGUUCAUCUUAGCAAUGGUAAUAAAUUAUUUAAUCUCAGUG